AUGAAUUUGUCUCAUGAAGAUCCAAGUAUUUCUCAAGUCGACACAAACAAUACUCCAGGUUCUUUAUCAAGUAUGAAUCAACAUUUGAAAUCUUCAGGUACUCCUGCCACCAGUCAUUCUACUGGCCCAACUGGUUCUAAUGAUGAUGGUAGUGGAUUGCACUCUCACUAUCAACAAUCUAACCCAAUUGGUAGUGGUGCUUCUUCUGUCCAUCAGCAGCAACAACAACAUUCAGGUGCUACUGGUGGUGGUGCUCCAUCUGCUUAUGGAUAUGAUGCUUCUGGUCACUUGAAUGGUGCUACUCACUUGCAACCACUUCAACAACAACCAAUGCAACAUUUGCCUAUGCACUCACUUCCUCAACAAACCCACCAUUACCCAAUUCAUUCAUUGGGUCAACAAGGACAUUCUCAACUGCACACUCCUCAAAUUUCUUAUCAACAACAACAAGCUGCCGCCGCUGCCGCUGCAGCUCAAGGACAAGCACAUUAUGGAGGACAAAAUCAACUUCAUCAACAAAUGCAUCACCAAUUGAUGACUCCAAAUCCUUAUCAACAACACUACCAACAACAACAAUUGCCUCACUUGCAUCCAGCAGGUGGUGCUGCCGGUGCCACUGGUGCACAUGAUACCCAUGAUCACCUCAACCUCCAAUUCAAUCCAAUGGCGUAUCAACAACAAUCUCAACAGCAGCAAUUGCAUCAUUUGGGUCACCAAAUUCCAAAUGUUUCCCAACAACAAGCUCAAACCCAACAACCAACCCCAUUACCACCUCAAUUGCACCAUCUAGCACAUAACCCGCUUUCUCAAUCAGUGCCAAUUUCACAUCAUCAAACACCUCAACCAACACCUCAACCACAAGGUGCAAAUGGUAGACAACCACGUCAAACCAAGAAGCAGAAGCAACAACAACAACAACAACAAGCAGCCGCCGCUGCUGCUCACUUACAUCUGCAAACUGGUAGUAUUGAUCCAAAUGCUCAUGAGCAAGGAGCUCUUGAUGCUCAUACUUUGGCUCAACAACAUCAUAUGGAGAUGUUGGCACGUGCUAGUCAAAAUGAAAUGAUGGAAUCAGCUACUAGAAAAGUUGCUCCUAGAUCAAGUGAUUUGUUUAGAGUUGGACCUCCAUUUGGUAUGAUGAAACAACAUGCAGCCGUUUAUUGCAAAGCUAAUGAUAUGCAAGUUUUCCCCAUGUUGCAUGCCAGAAUUGAUCGUGGAUUUGAAAUGGGUGAAACUGGUACCUGGAUUGGUUACAAACGUAAUUAUUUUACUUUGGUUGCUUCAUUCAAUUUACAAGAUUUUGAUUUCGGUAGAUUUAUUCAAAAUCAAUUCUACACUUAUGAUAAAUCCAAAUUAAAUGGAAAUGGAUUACAUCACCAUCCACAUCAUCCACGUUCUGCCCAACCUCAUCAUCACCCACAUCAUCCUCACCAUGCUCAUCAUGCUGGUGAAACUAGAUUGGAUAUCAGCUACUUUGCCAUUCGUUUAGUUGCCAAAUGUUCCGAUGAUGAUGUUGCUAUUUCAUUGAUCCAACACACUGCUAAGAGAGAUAAAGGUCCACAAUUCCCACCACCAAUUUAUCCAGCGUUACCUGGUGACUUACCUGAUCAUGAAACUGUUAAAGCCAGCUGUAAUAAACGUAACAACAACAAGAUUGAAAACAUGAAUAAGAUUUUCUUUUUCGACAGAGCACAAUAUUAUGGUGAUUAUGCAUUGGAUAGUUCUAAAGAUCAUUCAAUUUUACGUAAUUACCCAAGUGAUUCAAUUUCCAAAGUUGCUAGAUUUGAGCGUAUUCAAUUUACAAGUUCAAUUAGAGUCAAAUCUACUAGUACUGCUGCUCGUUAUUUCACUUUAUCUUGUGAAUUAUUGGGAAUCGUUGAAGAUGAAGAUUCACAAAUUCAACCAAUCUUGUUGGGAUCAAUUGAAUCACCACCAUUGGUGAUUAGAGGUAGAUCGCCUUCAAGUUAUCAUAAGGAUAGAACUUCAGGAUACAGACCGCCAAGUAGUGCUUCACCAGCAGGUCCAUAA